AUGAGAAGUCAAGGUCCAAUUGCCAGAUUACCUGUUGACCCUGAGAUAGAAAAGACUUGUAGAAGACACAAAAGAAGGAGAAAAUUGGAAAGAGCGGCACUAGAGAUUGAACAAGAAGGAGUCAUGGCUCACAACGCCAAAAAUAACAAUGGGAACAACGGAGGAGGCGUAGAAGACCAGGCUAAUGGACACAACAAUAAUGACUGUAGCCUAAGGGAUUACUUGCUUCCUAACAUGACAGGGGCCCGAUCUUGUAUGAGGCCACCUGCUGUUGACGCCAACACUUUUGAAAUCAAGCCAGCCAUACUGCAGAUGGUCCAAUCUUCAGUCCAGUUUGGGGGACUGCCGUCAAAAGACCCAAACAUGCACCUCGCCAACUUCGAAGAACUGUGCCAGACAUUCAAGAUGAACGGAGGCACAAAACCCAACAACGACGCCAUCAGACUAAGGCUGUUCCCAUUCUCAUUAAGGGAACGAGCCAAAAGUUGGUUUAUUUCUUUACCAACUCAUUCUAUCAACACUUGGGAGGAAUUGGCCCUGAAAUUCCUAUCCAAGUUCUUCCCUCCUGCAAAGAUUGCCAAGCUGAGAGCUGAUAUCAACAACUUCACCCAGCAGGACAGUGAAUCUCUUUAUGAAGCAUGGGAGAGAUUCAAGGACUUACAUAGAAAGUGCCCUAAUCAUGGGAUUGAGAAGUUGCUGCAAGUGCACAACUUUUACAAUGGAUUGAUGAAUGAAACCCGAACACUCAUAAAUGUCGUUACCGAUGGAGCUUUCAUGAGGAAAAGUGCUAAUGAGGCCUUUGAAUUACUUGAAGAGAUGGCCAUGACUAACCACAAUGGUCAACAGAAAGAGGUCCAUCUAAAAAAGUUGCAGGUAGAGGCCCUAACAAAAUUGAUGGCUAUUCAAGUAAAACAAGCUCAAGUGGUCUGUGAGCUAUGUGGAGGUCCUCAUCCCUAUUCAAAAUGUCAAGAAGAUGUAAAUGAUUUGCCAAUGGAUGAAGCAAAAGCCAUUGGAAAUUACUCUCAAAAUAACAACUAUAGGUUUAAUCAAGGAGGAAAUCGAAGUAAUAAUGGGUUCUAUCAACAGAGAAAUCAGAACCAGUCACAGAACCAACAACAGACUCAGCAACAAAGCUCGAGUGGAAAUUGUGGUCUUCAGACAGAUUUUUUAUUGCAAUUCAUGACAGAGACGAGAUCUUCCAUUAAAGACUUGCAAACUCAGAUGGGGCAAAUAGCAACUCAGAUAGCAACUCGUCCUCAGGGAAACUUGCCUAGUACAACUAAAGUGAAUCCUAAAGAAAACUGCAAGGCAAUCACCCUGCGAAGUGGAAAGAAAUAUGAGGGGCCUGAUAUGGUACAACCAGUGGAUGAAGAAAUUAAAGAUCAACCGGCACCAACCCUAACAACAAUAGAGCAGAAGACUACUGAUGGUCUUCAGCAAAAAGAAACUUCUCCCCCUAUCAGCAUUGACCAUCACAUCAAAAUUCCUUAUCCUCAAAGACUUCAGAAGAAUAAGAUAGAUAAGCAGUUUUCAAAAUUCCUUGAAAUAUUCAAGAAACUGCAUAUCAACAUCCCAUUCAUAGAGGCUUUGGAAUAG